AUGUGCCACUACGGCAGCUACUACGGAGGCCUGGGCUAUGGCCAUGGAGUCUUUGGUGGCCUGGGCUAUGGCUACGGCUGUGGACUUGGCAGCUUCCGCAGACUUGGCCAUGGCUGUGGCUUUGGAGGUUACGGAUUCGGCUACCGCCCAUUCCGCUACGGAAGAUGCGGAUUCUCCAGCUUCUACUGA